UCCUCCUUCUCAUUAUCACGGUUGCUUCCAAGUUGUUUCCUUUCUGUGUCGAAAGCGCGACGUCCAGGACAUAUUUAUCUGACACGUUGCCAAUAAACGUGCAUUUUAUCCAUUGAAUAGAGCAGCGUUUGCUUAUGGAAAGUGUGAUCGUGGAGAAAUAUCUGCGAAUAGCAUGCAUGUCUAUCGGGUUUUAUGAUUAUAUUCUUACACUCCCCGCAGAAUGGCGUUUUUACCAAAGCGAAUCGUCAUUUUUUCAUUUAAGUCUUGCCUGCGUUUUAUUCAUUCUCAUACGCUAUGUCAGUAUCGUGACUAUAGUAGUCAGCAAUUACGGGUUCUUCUCCACUACCUUUACCCAACAAACCUGUCAAAAAUACUAUCUUGUUGCGCCUAUCUUCAAAGUCGUACAAACUAUGAUAUCACAGGUCAUUCUAGGUGUGAGAACAUUCAAUAUUGCAAGAAGAGAUAGGCGGAUAGGAAUUGCAUUAUUGCUGCUAUACCUCUUCUCAAUUUCGGCGGAGUGGUUCGUUGAUCUAUUUCACGGGACCCCUGCCGUCCUUGAUUUAGGAAACUGUACUUCAGUAAAUUCUGCCAGAGUACUGUCAACCUGGUUCUUCUACUUCCCUGUGAUGUUGUAUGACAUCGUGAUGGUGACGGUAUCUACCAUGUAUCUUCUGCGUUAUAAUCCUCUCAGUAGCAGAGUCGAACGGUUGAUACGGGUUCUGAUUUAUGACGGCAUUGGAUAUUUUCUCGUGUUGUCCGGCAAGUGUGCUCUGCUUGUGACGAGUACCCUCUUAACACUCCUUCAGUGUCGAACGUAUUGAACCUCAUCUUUUAUCAUACGACCAAUCUCGAGACUCAGGUACGUAGGCUGAAUUAUGGAUACGCCAAAACUUAGCUCUAUUGUAUCCACUCGCUUCCAUCAUUAGUCGGCAGGGGCAUCAAUAGGUUAUACUGUGACCUGGAUCA